AUGUGCGGCGUUCCUGCCUUCCCUCCGAUCGCGACGCGCUACGCCUCCAUGCCGCCGGCGCCGGCGCCGCCGUACGAGUACGACGUGCUGCACGCCUUCUCGAUGGGUUCGGCCGCGCCGUCGAAGCAGCAGCAGCUGUUGAUGAUGGCGGAGGCCGCGCGGGGGCGUCAGAUGAUGAGGACGCAGCGGCUGCAGUUCGCGCCGCCGCCGGCGAAACCGGACCGGCGGGGAGACCUGGCCGGCUCGCCCGCGAUGGCCGUCCCGACUCGGAUCAAGCUCCGCUGCGUAUCCGAGCAGCCGCCGGAGCCGGACCCGCCGCCGCCGCCCUCCCUGACGGCUGCGCCACCGCGCGUGGAGGUGCGCCGGGUGUGGGCGCACAACUUCGACGCGGAGGCCCGGCUGAUUGAGUCGCUCCUGCCCCGGUUCCGGUACGCGGCGGUGGACACGGAGUUCCCCGGGACGGUGUACCGCCCGGCGGGGGCGGCGUACACGCUCACGCCGGAGCGGCGGUACGAGCUGCUGCGGCAGAACGUGGACGCGCUGGACCUGAUCCAGCUCGGCCUCACGCUGUUCGACGCCGGCGGCGGGCUCCCGUUCGACGUGCGGCGCCACCGCCACGCGCCGGAGUCCAUCGCGCUGCUGCGGGCCAGGGGCGUCGACUUCGACCGCACGCGGCGGGACGGCGUCGGCGCGGCGGAGUUCGGCCCGCGGCUGCGCAAGUGGCUGCGCGCCGGCCUCGGCCGCGGCGGCGUCGUCACGUUCAGCGGCGGCUACGACCUCGCGUACCUGGUGAAGGUGAUGUUCGGGGGCGGGUACAGGAUGCCCGGGUCGGCGGGGCAGUUCGAGGGCGUCGCCAAGGCGGCGCUGGCCCGGCGGCGGCUGUUCGACGUCAAGGAGAUGGCGCGGCGCUGCCCGCGGGACCUCCGCGGCGGGCUGGAGAGCGUCGCCGUGAAGCUCAACGUGGGGCGGGCCGUCGGCGAGGCGCACCAGGCCGGCUCGGACAGCCUGCUCACCUGCCACACCUUCAUGAAGAUGCGAGAAAGCUACUUCGACGACGACGACAAGCUCGCGAGGGUCGCCGGUUUCCUCACCGAUGUCACGGCGUGCUAA